UCUGGGUAGGCUCAUUGCAUGAGCAGCAGCUCAGGAGGAGGGAAAAACUACAGAAUUUCUUGCUUGGGAAAUAAAUGUGUGAUAACUUGUAGCACUUACAAACCAGCAGAAUGAAGGAGAUAAUUAUCUUGCUGCUUUUGUUGCACUUACAGAGUGGCAGCAUUGGAUUUAAUACUUCAGGAAAGCUCUGGACCACAGGCCAAGGUGAUGAAACCCAGGCAAGUCACUCCAACUUGACUCCAUCUCUGACCACAAUUGUGGGGUCAUCCCAUUCUGAGAUCCAAGCUGCUGAAGCAAGUGCCUCGCAGGGACCUCCUUUUGUAUCUUCAGGCAAGACUGUGGGAAUGGAAGCAGUGAAGAAAACCUCUAAUCCUACAACCUCUACCCCUGCCAGCCAGUCAAAGGGUCACAGUGAUGGUGACCCUCACAAAGAUAAAAUGGGAAACUCCUCUAACAGCAAAGGGACAGCUCUACAACGCAAUGCUAGAGAGGUCACUCUCCAGCAAGAGGUCACUACAAGCGGGGAUGCAGCUACAGGGAACAGAUCUCUCAAGCAGUCAUCCCGCAGCGCUGGUAUCACCAGCACCCAGCAGGAUGCCAACUCCAAAGCAUCUGGCUUUGAAACUACCAGGGGAAAAAACUGGUGUGCUUAUGUCCAUACCAGACUCUUACCUACAGUGGUAGUGGACAACCUGGAAACCUUCUCAUCAGGCAGAGCAAAGCCUUGUACUUGGAAUAUUGGAUCCUGUGCUCAGAGGUCCCAAGCAACAACACACCAAGCCUACAGAAUCAAACAUAAAAUAGUAACAUCACUGGAGUGGAAGUGCUGUCCUGGGUACAGUGGGCAAAACUGCCAACCCAAAGAACAACCAUCGCUUAUACAUAGCAACCAGGCUGAAAGCAGCAGAACUGUCAGUGAGAGGACACCAGGAGCUCAUCAGGACCCCAGUGGGCCAGAUGAUGUAUUCCUUCAGACACAAGCCUUGCAAAUUCAUGAAGUUAUAAGUGCACUUACACAAAAAAUGAAUGAGAAGAUUAGCAGCCAGGAGAUGAAACUGACUUUUCUACAGAAGAAUGUUGACAGCAUUGCUGUUGCGAUGAGUGAUGUGAGCAAGAUGCUUUCUUCUUUGGAAGGCAAAAUCAAUGAAGAUAAGGGCAAAGACUUCCAGUCUUUUCUAAAAGAUCUCAAAUCCAGAAGUAUUAAUGAAGUAGUCAAAGACAUUGUCAGAGAACACUUUAAAGUAUUUCAAGGUGAAAUGCAAGACAGCAUGGCUCAGAUUUUCAAGACUGUGUCUAGUUUGUCAGAUGAUCUUGAAAAUACAAAAGAAUUAGUCAAGCAUCUGAAUGAAACCCAACACAAAUUUGCUCAGGAGAAAGACAGUGGGCCAACAAAGCUUGACGUUCUGGAGCUAAAGAGUCAUAUGGUGCAGAUGAAAGAGGAAAUAACUCUCGCUUGUGACAAGCCUGUGAAAGCUUUACAGGAAAAGCAGAAAUCCUUGGAAGAUAAAUUGGAGCAUCAACAGUCAAGAAGUGUAAUUUAUUAUGAAUCUUUAAAUCGGACUCUUACUGAACUGAAAGAUGCUCAUGAACAGCUGCUAUCAGCUGAACAGUCUUCAAGCCAACACAUCCCUUCAGCAGAUAAUGUGACAGAGUACAAUAUUACAGAGUACAUGUUGACACUUCAUGAGAAAGUAAAGAAACAAGGCAUGAUGGUGCUGCAGAUCUUUGAUGACUUAAGAGUCCAAGACAGCAAGAUCAGCAAUCUCAGUGUUGCACUGGAAAUUCAGAGAGACUCUGUUCUGGGGAUCUGUGAUGACAUGCUGUCAGAAAGCAGGAAGGACUUCCAAACACAGCUGGCAGCAACCCAAGAGAAUGUGCUUGUCCUGAACAAAAGUCUCUCUGACCUGGUCCUUCCAUUGGACAAUAAGAUGGACAAAAUGAAUGAGCAAAUUAAUGAUUUGUGCUAUGAUAUGGAGAUCCUGCAACCCUUGAUUGAGCAAGGGGUACCUUUUAGUCUGACUUCAGGGUAUGAACAACAAAUCCAAGCUGAAGAAAUCAAUGAGAAGCUUGAAAACCUCACUACUGUCAUUAACAGAAUGAGUUCUGCAAUUAAGGAGCUUUCCAAAACUCAAGAAGGACUUAAAAAUGAAUCUCAGGCUUAUCAGGAACUCUUUGAGAGUCGUGUUAAUGAAUGCUCCAUGGAAAUAGAAGAUGGAUUAAACAAGACCAUGAUAAUAAUAAACAGUGCUAUUGAUUCUAUUCAAGAUAACUAUGUAAUGAAAAGCAUGCUACGUGCUCUAAGUAAUGAGACUGAAGUCUGCUGUGGCAGAGAUGAGGAACUGGACAGCCUCCUGGCUUUCAUUCCCCAGUUCCAGCAGCUGAAUGAAUCCCUCCAGGCACUGCUCAGUGGCAAGAAGUAUGAAUUCACUUCACAAGUAGCACCAUCCCUUUCUGAUCUUCCAUACGAGGAGUCUGACAAAAUUAUCCUCCACAGUUUCAGAAGAGUUUUCUAUAUGUUAAAUGAUACAUUGUCAAAAGUGGAAAAUCAACGACAAGAUAUCAGCCGUCUGGAAGAGAAACUAUUUGACUCUGUGGAGGGAUCAAAGGAUCAUGAGGUUCGCCUUCUGAAUGUGGAGUCAAAAAUUUCCAAGUUUUUGGCAAACAACUGUGUCUCACUGAAAAAAACCAAAGCUGCCUUGACAGAGAAAGAACAAGUGGUCUCACUUCAGCUCCAGACCCUGAGUUCCAGGAUCAAGGCCCUGGAAGCCAAGUCAAUCCGCUUCUCAAACAGCAUUCCACUUCUGAACAAGACUGCUCAUGAGGCCUGGGGGCUGUGUCAGGAUGCUAACAGCAGCAUCCAAAAAGUGAAUGCGAGUAUCCCUGUGCUAAUUAAACUUGCUCAGCCAGAUAUCCCCCUGCUGCAGAGCGGUCUCAAAGAGCUUGUCGAAUCUGUGCUUGAAAUAAAAGCGGGAGCUAUCCUGACAAAUCUAACCCAUCAUGUUGACAUAUCAGUGGGAAAUGCCAUGAACAAUAUCACCAAACUUCAGAAGCAAGUGAAACCAAUUAUAAAGAAACCAGCCCCAGUGAAAAAAGGAGCAGCAAAUGUCACCAUGAGCCUGGCAAGCCGAAGUCAGAGAAACACAGAUAAUGCUAUAGAUCCAGGGCAGAAUUCAGCUUGUGUCAGUUCCCCGUGCCAGAAUGGAGGAACCUGUAUCAAUGACAGACAGAGCUUUAUUUGCGCUUGUCGCCACCCCUUUGGAGGAGUCAACUGCAGUACGAAGCUGGUGAACGACAAUUCUCUAAGUGUCGAUUUUUCAAAAGGAUCAUACAGAUAUGCACCUAUGGUGGCUUUUUUUGCCUCUCAUACAUAUGGAAUGACGACUCCAGGACCCAUCAGAUUUAACAAUCUGGAUGUCAACUACGGAGCUUCAUUUGCCCCAGCAACCGGGAAGUUCCACGUUCCAUAUCUGGGAGUCUAUGUUUUUGAGUAUACCAUCGAAUCGUUUAGUCCACGUGCCUCUGGCUAUCUGGUCGUUGAUGGAAUAGACAAACUCACUUUUCAGGCUGAAAAUAUUAAUAGUAACAAGUACACCGACAGAGUAAUUACUGGAAAUGCUUUAUUAGAAUUAAAUUAUGGUCAAGAAGUCUGGCUCAGACUGGCAACUGGUUCUAUUCCAGCCAAGUAUCCACCAGUAACUACAUUUAGUGGUUACUUGUUGUAUCGUACCUAAGUCAGUCAUAAAUGUGAAUAGUUACCAUUAAAUGCAGCAACCUGCAUGUGAAUUUAUCUUUGCCUUUAAAUAUUUUGUUUCCUUAACAGCAGUAAGUUUCUCAGAGUAACAAUACUGAUGGCAUUUAAAGUGUGGAUUCUCCAAGAGGUUGCUUGUUUGUAGCCACAUGCACAUCUUAUAAAAAGAGUCCACAGGUUGGAGAUGGGGGGAAAAAUAAGCAUCUUCCUUAUAUUAGCAUGAUUGGGAAGCACAAAUCUAAUUAUGUUCUACAUUUACAUUGUAUAAACAUACUUACACAAGGUUGCUGAUAAUCAGUUCUCAAAGCUGGUUUUGAUUAUUCUUUUUCAACCUAAGUGCAUAAGAGAGGUGAUGGAUGGAGUCUGAUGACUCAGGUGCUGGGUUACUACUUAGGUCAUUGUAUCAAGUGAUAAUCAUGUAUAUAUUCUGUCUGGAAAAAAUAUAUUUCUUUUUCAUUUUGCUUGGUGUUAUUCUCCACUUACCUUGAUAUGUCAGUGUUUAUUUGAUUCAUUAUUUUUAACGUAACCAGUAUGAUAACAAACUGGGGGAUUAUCUAGCAGUAAAGAAUGAGAAGGAAUACUUAAAAGCUGCAUGUUGAUACAUUCAGAUUAGAAAGAAGGUACUCAUUUUUAGAAGUGAAUGUAACUAGUCAUGGGAAAAACAUUAUAAUGGAUUUGGUGGAGGCUCCCUGUUGCUUGAAACAUUUAAACUGCAGCUGGAUUUUCUUUUGGUGAUAUGUUUUUGAGCAAACAUGGGUAUAUUGGCUUCACAUAUAUUUUAGCAUGUAAACUUUAGCCUAUAAAGUACACAAGGUUAAAUGACAUAAUCAUAGUACUUUCUAAGUUUGAAGUCUAUCAAUCUAUGAUUUUGUUUGUUUCUGCAUUAUAUUCACAAACUACUGAGGCAAGAUGAAAUGAACAUUGGUCUGCAUAAACCAGAAUGUGAUUUGCAAGCACCAAUACAAUAUAAAAAAAAAUAUUUUUACUUCAUGCUGUGACUGCCUGAAAACAAAUAAACCAACAAGUUUGCGUCCUUA